CGACACUUGGCAUCGUUUGCUACCAUGCCUUUCGCUGUGCCUGCGAGGGAUAAUCACGUCGAUUGAAGCCUCGUAAACGUCUCUCUUUUGCUCGAGACCAAACAUCGCGACCAUGUGGAUCUUACCCUUGGUCGGCUAUCUAGGCCUUGCCCUUGGAUUCUCCUUCCUGACGCUUGCGAUCGCAUCUGGCCUGUACUAUCUCUCCGAGUUGGUCGAGGAACAUACCGUGCUGGCCAAAAAGCUCUUGACUCGCCUGAUAUACUUGGUCGUCGCCAUCCAAAUACUGCUGGCUCUUUUCGAUAAAUUUCCUCUGGGCCUUUCAGCUCUUGCUAUCGGCAGUCAUGGUGUUUACCAUCAGAAUCUACGCCGCUUCCCCAUCGUCAAGCUCACUGACCCUGUCUUCCUGUUGUCCUGUGCGCUCGUUCUGCUAAACCACUGGCUAUGGUUCCGCCACUUCUCCGCCCCGCCUUCAUCCCCUCCCAGGCACUACAAUUACUACGCUCCGAAUGAGUCUGUCCCGAGCUUCAGUGAGAUCGCUGCCUUUUUCGGACUUCAAGUUUGGUUGGUCCCUUUUGCGCUUUUCGUCUCGCUGUCUGCUGGCGAGAACGUGCUGCCGAGCAUGGGUAGUGAAUACGCGACGGGAGCUGGCAGCAGUUUCAUCUCUGCUGGCAAGGAACCCGAUAAUGCUGCGACUGCUUAUGCCUCUACGAAUGGUGCACGCAGAUCGCGCUCCGGAACCAACGCUGGUAUGGCCAAGGCCGCUGUAAUGGGUGUUCGUGAGUGGAUUGGAGAAACAGGAGAACUCAUGGGGUUCUGGAGAGGAGAACGGACAAGACCGUUUUGAAAGAAGCAUCAAGCAAUAUACCCGAAGAGUCAAAACUAGUCCAGGUGUACGAAUUCAUGAAUCAAAAAUAAGAAUUGUUUGAGAGGUAUACACGCUAUACAACAGAACACCCGCCAGGUCUUGCGACCGCUAUUUUGACCACAUAUGAAGCAUUUACUGCUUCUCCAUGGCGCCAAGAAUGGCUCUUGUGAACUCCUGGGUGGUUG